UGGGGUACGUGAGUUAGUGGUUCCAAGAUUCGCACGAUAAUUGGCGAAGCUGUUUGUUUGAAUAUUGGGUAAAGUUGGUUUUUCGGAUUCUCCUAAGGUGGGAUUGGUUGGUGGGAGUUGUUCCGGGGUUCCCUGGGGUUGAGUGGGUGUGGGGUUGGGGAUGUCCGCAAUUUCCGUGUCCGCAAUUUUUUGCGGUUGUGUAUUUAUUUUAUUAUUUCCAUCUUGUCGUUUUUCCGGGUCAAUUUCCAUAAGUGAUGGAUUUUCAACCAUUUUAAUUUUAGGUUUUAGCUAUGGUCAUGUUCUGAUAAAUGAUUUUGGGUUCCUGCGUAGGGGUUAA